AGCGUGAUGAAUGUGACAGUGGACAGCACAAUUGUGAUGAGAAUGCAAUCUGUACUAACACAAUCAGGGGACAUCGCUGCACCUGCAAGCCUGGAUAUGUGGGGAAUGGGACCAUCUGCCGAGCAUUUUGUGAAGAAGGAUGCAGAUAUGGUGGGACAUGUGUUGCCCCCAAUACAUGUGCCUGUCCUUCUGGAUUCACAGGAAGUCACUGUGAAAAAGAUAUUGAUGAAUGUGCUGAGGGGAUCAUUGAAUGUCACAACCAUUCACGCUGUGUUAACCUCCCAGGGUGGUACCACUGUGAGUGCAGAAGCGGUUUCCAUGACAAUGGAACCUAUUCAUUUUCCGGGAAGUCCUGUGUUGAUAUUGAUGAAUGUGCCUUAAGGACUCACACCUGUUGGAAUGAUUCAGCCUGUGUGAACUUGGCAGGGGGAUUUGAUUGCCUCUGUCCAUCUGGACCCUCCUGUACAGGUGAUUGCCUUCAUGAAGGGGGCCUGAAACGGAAUGGCCAAGUAUGGACACUGAAGAAAGACAGAUGCUCUGUUUGCUCCUGUAAGGAUGGCAAGAUCUUCUGUCGAAGGACAGCUUGUGAUUGUGAAAAUCUUAGUGUUGAUUUCUUCUGUUGCCCAGAAUGUGAUACCAGAGUGACCAGUCAGUGUUUAGAUCAGAAUGGGCAUAAGCUGUACCGAAGUGGUGACAAUUGGACAUACAGCUGUCAACAGUGCCGCUGUCUGGAAGGUGAAGUGGAUUGUUGGCCACUUGCAUGCCCAACUCUGAACUGUGAUUACACAGCAAUGUCAGAAGGAGAAUGUUGCCCUCAUUGUGUCAGUGACCCUUGUUUGGCUGAUAAUGGUACCUACGACAUCCGAAAAACCUGUCUAGAUGACUAUGGAAUAACACGGCUAAGUGGUUCAGAAUGGACAAUGCUUGGAUCUCCUUGUACAACCUGCAAAUGCAAGAAUGGAAAUGUCUGUUGCUCGGUGGAUUUAGAAUGUCUUCGCAAUAACUGAAGUAUAAAACUGGGACAAUUCUUUUUGUGAGGAAAACUGAUGCAAUUUUCCACUUUCCAAACAAAUGCAGUGUAACAGGUGGGAGUUUUGUACAACAGAAAUGAUCAAAGUCUCUGAGGAAGAUAUUUGGGAGUUGUCUUUGGGACCGAUCACUACCCUUGCUAGGCUUCUCUCUACU